CACUCGCUAAUUGAAGAGCUGGGAUUCCUCACGUGAGAAGUUGAUUUGUAGUUUGAACACGUGGCUCAUUCAAAAAGCCGGAAUAUUCAAGUAAUUUUUUUUCUCUCUCUCUCUCUCCGUCCUUCCCUCCCCCCUCCCCUUCUCCUUUUUUUUUUUUUUUUUUUUUUUUUUUUUUUUUUUUUUUUUUUUUUAAUACGGAGAGGCGGCGCCUGCAUGCACGUAGUGUGACAUUUUCAUAGUCCGCCUGCUGCUGCCAAAGGGGCUUGGGGGCAAGACAAAAAAAGUAGUUUUUUUUUUUUUCCCCUCCCCUCCUUUUCCUCUUCUCAUCCCGCCAUCCGCGGCCCCGGCGCUGGGUGUUUCCCCCGUGCCCCCCAUGCGCCCGGGUAGCACGGCAGGCACUUAGGGCUCCCGUUUGGCUACGCUUUUUUUUUUCUUUUUUUUUUUUUUUUCUUUUUUUUUUUUUUUUUUUUUUUUUUUUUUUACCCCUCGAGAGAGAGAGAGAGAGGGAGGGACGCAAGCUGCAGAUCUGAUUUUUUUUUUUUCCCUCUCCCUGUCCUCUCUCUCUCUCUCUCUCUCGCUCUCUCGCUCUCUCCUUCCUCCAUCGCAUUUUGUUUUAUUUCCCCCUUCCUCCCCACCUCCUCUCGCAAGACGAGGGUUGCAGCCCGCGGUGCGCGCCUCCCCGAGCCGCCAGGAAGAUGAACAAGCUCUACAUCGGCAACCUCGGCGAGAACGUCAGCCCUCUCGACCUGGAAAGUCUCUUUAAGGACUCCAAGAUACCCUUCUCGGGCCAGUUCCUGGUGAAGACGGGGUACGCCUUCGUGGACUGCCCCGACGAGAGCUGGGCCAUGAAGGCCAUCGAGGCACUUUCAGGUAAAGUGGAGCUGCAUGGGAAACUCAUAGAAGUUGAACAUUCGGUCCCGAAAAGACAAAGGAGUCGGAAGCUUCAGAUCAGGAAUAUCCCGCCUCACUUGCAGUGGGAGGUGCUGGAUAGUUUGUUAGCUCAGUAUGGAACAGUGGAGAACUGUGAGCAAGUGAACACUGACACGGAGACUGCAGUUGUAAAUGUAACAUAUGGCAAUAAGGACCAGGCCAGACAAGCAAUAGAAAAACUGAACGGGUUUCAGCUUGAAAACUAUUCCUUGAAAGUUGCAUACAUCCCUGAUGAGAUGGCAGCCCAGCAACCUCCACAGCAACAUCCCCAGGGAAGACGUGGAUUUGGCCAGAGGGGCCCUCCCAGGCAAGGGUCACCCGGCGCGACCACACGGCAGAAGCCGCAGUCGGACGUUCCUCUGCGGAUGCUGGUUCCCACACAGUUUGUAGGAGCCAUUAUCGGGAAGGAAGGAGCAACAAUCAGAAACAUCACCAAGCAGACACAGUCCAAAAUUGAUAUUCAUCGUAAAGAGAAUGCAGGUGCUGCUGAGAAACCAAUUACCAUCCACUCAACUCCUGAAGGCUGCUCAACAGCUUGUAAAAUUAUUAUGGAGAUCAUGCAAAAGGAAGCUCAAGAUACUAAAUUUACAGAAGAAAUUCCCUUGAAGAUACUGGCACAUAACAACUUUGUCGGCCGACUUAUUGGCAAAGAAGGAAGAAACCUGAAGAAAAUUGAACAGGACACAGAUACUAAAAUCACUAUAUCGCCAUUGCAGGACUUGACACUCUAUAAUCCAGAAAGGACCAUUACAGUUAAAGGCAGUAUUGAAACUUGUGCCAAGGCUGAGGAAGAAAUUAUGAAGAAAAUCAGGGAGUCCUAUGAAAAUGAUAUUGCUGCUAUGAAUCUUCAAGCACAUUUAAUUCCUGGAUUAAAUCUGAAUGCCUUGGGUCUGUUCCCACCUUCUUCUUCAGGAAUACCACCUCCCGCAGUGAGUGUUGCCUCCGCUGCUGCUGCUGCUUCAUAUCCACCAUUUGGGCAACAGCCCGAGUCUGAAACUGUUCAUCUGUUCAUCCCAGCCUUGGCAGUUGGAGCUAUUAUUGGCAAGCAGGGACAGCACAUCAAGCAACUUUCUCGUUUUGCAGGCGCAUCUAUUAAGAUUGCCCCUGCUGAAGGACCAGAUGCUAAGCUGAGAAUGGUUAUCAUCACUGGACCUCCAGAAGCUCAGUUCAAGGCUCAAGGGAGAAUCUAUGGAAAACUUAAAGAAGAAAAUUUCUUUGGACCUAAAGAAGAAGUGAAACUUGAGGCUCAUAUAAAAGUGCCAUCCUAUGCUGCUGGUAGAGUUAUUGGUAAAGGAGGCAAAACAGUAAAUGAGCUUCAAAACUUGACAAGUGCAGAAGUUGUAGUCCCUCGUGACCAGACACCUGAUGAAAAUGAUCAGGUGGUUGUGAAAAUAACUGGUCACUUCUAUGCAUGCCAGCUUGCUCAGAGAAAAAUUCAGGAAAUACUGGCUCAGGUAAGAAGGCAGCAGCAACAGCAAAAAACAUUGCAAAGCGGACAGCCUCAGCCAAGACGAAAAUAAAGGUUUAGGAAAUGGCCCAUCAGAGACAGAUGCCAGACCAAAGACAGACUGUGUGACAGAGAGACAGGUGGCGAGCACCUGUUGAAGUUUUAUGCAGAAGAUCCACCAAGCCAAUCACCUGUUCGAGGACCAGGCAACCGUUGAACGCUGUCUCUGAGAAUGUAUUCUUUAGGCUCUCUCAAACUUUUGAAACCCAGCUUUAAAAUAAGGACCCCUUCACUUCCCUUUUGUUCUAUUCUCACAAUUUAACAUAAACUCGUUAGUCUUUUUUAUUGUUCUUAUUAUUCCCCAACAACUUUAGAACUUGGUUUAAUGAAGCUUUCUCUUCUGAGUUCACUGGUUAAAAAAAAAAAAAAAGAAAAGAAAAACCAACAAAAAAAAAAAGAAAAGGCAUUGCUCUUAUAGGUCCAGUUGUAAAAGAAUGAACACAUUUGGAGGGUGGGAUUCUGGGUGGGCUAGGGUUAGAGUAAGGGUAUUGACAAGAGUUUAAGUGUUAGUCCCAAUGUUGAAACAAGUGGCAUUUUUUAAAAAGAAUUUGGUUGCAUUUUUACAUAACACUGCCAUGAAUAACCUAAGGGAAGUGUUGAAUGGUGUUGGCCAGGGCAUAAAAAGAUAAAUAUGCAUUUUACUAAACUACCUCAGGCAUUUAGUACCUCAAUGAGAAAUUGUUCCUUUUUUGCUUUUUUUUUUUUGGUAUUUUGUAUACUUUAUAAAGCUAAUAGUUCUUGAGCAUUUUAUUUUUUUAAAAAAAAAAUUAAAAUUUGAUCAGCCACCAGCCAGGAGUACUACAGACUUAUCGGGGAAAAAUAUAGUAGAGCACUUCUAGCUGCUGGCUGAUGGGAGUAAGGUGGGUAAAAAAAAUACAGCCUCAGAUUUCCUGAGGGCUUCAACACCAUCAUUUGUUUAAAAAAAUUCAAUGAAUGUUCAAAAGAUAGUGAAUGAUGCCAACAUUCUGAUAGCAGCAAUGCCGUUUAGUUUUCUUUUAAGAUGGGAUGAAAAAGUUUGUGACGGUACUUUUUUGGGA